AUGGGAUUAGCGGCAACAAGAGUCAAGCAGAGGUUUGGGUUCGAUCCCAGAAACACGAACUGGUCGAAUGACACUUCUCGUUUUGGGCACAAGCAGCUGGAGAAGUUCGGGUGGAAGACUGGAGACGGACUGGGACUUGUAGCUCAUGCAACUACAACCCAUGUGAAAGUCACACUCAAAGAUGACACAUUGGGGCUUGGUGCCAGAUUGGCAAAAAAAGAGAAGGGUAUAGAGAGCGACUCUACUGGACUGGAUGAUUUCCAGCGGCUUUUGGGAAAGUUGAAUGGGAGAGAAGACGAAAUAAGCAAGGAACUGGAGAGAAAGUCCAAAGACCGGAUCAUCAAUGGAAGGUGGGGAAUCUCGUUCGUGAAGGGAGAGGUGUUACGGAGUACGUGGGAUAAAGAGAACAGGACUUUGAUUAAUGGCAAGCCAAUACCGACUGAGUCAGAGAUAAACGACAAGAAGAGAAGAAGAGACGAAGACAAGUCUGAGCGGAAAAGCAAGAAGGAGAAGAAGGAGAAAAAGAGAGAGAAGAAGGAAAAGAAAGACAAGUCUGAGAAGAAGGAGAAGAAAGAAAAGAAGGAGAGAAAGGAAAAGAAGGAAAAGAAGGAAAAGAAGGUUAAGUCAGAUGAGAAAGAAAAGAAGGAAAUCUCGUUGAAAGUGAAAGAGUCCGCGCCUUCCCAGGUUAUAUCCACGAGACUGGCCGCUAGACAGCGGUAUAUCAGGCAGAAAAGAGCUGCGGUGAUGGACGAGAAGGCCUUGAAUGAAAUUUUCAUGGUCAGGAGUUAG